AUGAAGAGGACAAUCUACGAGGACCCUACAGCCGUGUAUUUCGUUAUGGAGAAAUGCUCAGGUGGUGACCUCUUGAGUUAUAUAAGCAGAAAGGGACAGGUUCCUGAAGACGAAGCUGCGAAAAUCUUCCGCCAAUUGGUGACAGCCGUUGCGUUUUGCCACGAGCGUGGUGUGAUUCAUCGCGACCUCAAGCCUGAAAACGUCCUCAUCACACAUCGGCAGCAAGUUAAGCUCACAGAUUUCGGCCAGGCUGUCCCCUGCAGGAGAGAAGGCUUCGUUCAAGGAGCCGCAGGAAGUCACCCCUACACAGCUCCUGAAUUGCUUUGCAGAUUGAAAUACAACGAGAAGGUGGACGUCUGGAGCCUGGGAGUAAUCCUCUACACUAUGCUGGCAGGAAAGUGGCCGUUUUAUUCGCCUAAGAAGAGCAUGAUGAAGAAAAUGAUAUGUGCUGCACAGCCAGACCUGGUUUCUGGACCAUGGCGUCUGAUCUCUGCUGAUGCUCUACAGUUGGUCAAGAAAAUGCUCACCGUGAAUCCGUCUCAGCGCCCAUCCUGUAAAGAGCUGCUCCAACACCCAUGGCUCAGAUGA